AUGUUCGUGGAACAUCGCGCGUACCUACGGAGGAUUGGGAGAGGAGGUUUGAGCGAUUUAGAUGUAAAACUCCGAUAUCCAAUACAAAUUUCACACACUCAGAUUGCAUCUUCCAAUUCAACUAGUUCAGAGCUUACCGUUGACGACCCCCAUUUGAAAAAAAAUCUACCAGAUUUGAGUCACCACCCUCUAGUAGUUGGGCCCAGAUAUUUGGAUGAAGAUCUAACAAUGAGCUGGUCAAAUCAUUUAGGUUGGAACACUAGCGGAGUAUUGAUGACAAAGAACGUCACAGAAGAUUCUGGAAUGUUCUGGAAACAAUCGAUGGAACAAUUAGAGAGAGAGGUUUGUUCUAAGAAGCUUCUAGAACAAAAAGAGGGAGACGGAAGAACAUUCGAGAAGGUUCUCGAACCAAAGCCUGUCUAG